AUGCAGCUGCCAGCCCCCUUUGAUAUGUGGAAGGACUAUUUGAAUCUGAACAAGAUCCUGUGGGAGGUGAUCUCUGGCCAAGGGGGCCCCGGGGGUGGGGAGAGGGGCCGGCAGGAGGCCGAGGCUCUGCAGUCGAGGCAGGUGGCCGCCGGGGGGCCUCUCUGCAACUUCUGCAAGCACAACGGAGAGUCCCGGCACGUGUACACCUCCCACCUGUUGAAGACCCCCGAGGGGAUAGUGGUGUGCCCCAUCCUUCGCCAUUACGUCUGCCCGCUGUGUGGAGCCACUGGGGGGCUGGCCCACACCCUCAAGUACUGCCCGCUCAAUGGGGGCCAGCAGUCCCUGUACCGUCGAAGCGGGCGAAACUCGGCUGGGAGAAAGGUCAAGCGGUGA